AUGGUCUUAUCAAGAUCUCGCGAGCAGGCCAAGAGCGCCGGAGUCGUCGACCCUGUCCAGUUUAACCAUCGGGAAAACGACCCCGACAAGGUCGAAGCGCCUAUCGAUCCUAGGGAACCGCCACAACCAUCACCACCACCAACAGCAGCAGCAGAAACAGAAGCAGACGUCGCACCAACAGGACCCUCUGCCAUGGUCCGGGCGACACAAGCGCCGGUAAUCGAACCCGGUACUGAGUCUGAUGAUGAAUUCGAUCUGGAUAGUAGUCUCCCGAGCGACGACACGACUGCAAGUUUAUCUUCGAGUAUCUACACCUCCUUCUCGUACGAGCGUGGUCGACGCUACCAAUCAUUCGGAGAUGGCCGGUAUCCCAUUCCCAACGAUGACUUGGAGCAAAACCGGGAGGAUAUGAAGCACGCCAUGUUGAUGAUGCUCACUCAGGGGAAGCCGUUCUUCUCACCGAUAGGGACGCACCCACAAAAGAUAUUGGACAUUGGCACGGGGACCGGGAUAUGGGCCAUAGAAGUCGGUGACAGGUAUCCCAGUGCACAUGUCUGCGGCAUCGAUCUCACACCAAUUCAACCGGAAUGGGUUCCGGCAAAUGUUUCCUUUUUAGUCGACGACUGCACCUUGGACUGGAUAGAGCGAGACGUCGACUUGGCUCAUUUCCGAUUCAUGGUCAUGAUUUUAAAGGACAUUCCUACGGUUCUCGGCCAUUGCUACGAUCACCCUAGGAGUCUCCGUCCCGGUGGGUGGGUUGAGCUACAAGAGCUACAUGGCGUACCGCUCUGCGACGACGGGACAAUGACGGACGAGGAUCCCGUCAAGACCCUCUACGACACCGCCGGUGCCGCAUAUAAGAAAUUUGGCAUGAGCACGACGCUUCCCGCAGAGCUCGAGCCUUACCUCCGCGAAGCUGGAUUCGAAAACGUGCACUGCAGAAUCAUGAAAGUCCCCAUCGGGACGUGGGCCAAGGAAAAACUCAUGAGGGCAAUAGGGCUUUAUCAGAAAAUGGCGAUACUGGACUUUAUCCCAACGCUGGUGGGGCGACCUUUCCAGGCUUUGCAGAUAUCGGAGGCAGAGGCAGAGGUUCGAGUGGCGUUGGCGAGAAAAGGCUUGGAGGACCCGUCGACUCAUCGGUACUUCAACUACUACUUUUGGUAUGCGCAAAAGCCAGCGUCCAGGAGGGGUGAAGAUGAAGAUGUGUAG